UUAGUUGUUGACAUCGCUAAUGUCGGUCUCCAUGCCCAAAGUGUACAUCUGCGCAACAAAUCAUGCGCCCACAGUUUUCGACACUCGAUUUGAUGGGCGCUCGGAAUCGUCCUACCUGGAGAUCUCCGCCCAUUUUCGAGCUCCAUGCCGCUCGAGCGCCACCUGACACACAAGGGAUUGUACAGCACUAAGACUCUGUGCCAUCGAGACUCGUACCCACGAGAUACACGACAUUGUUCAUCAGAGCGAUACCUGAGGCAGAGAGGAAGAUAGAGAAGAGCCAUUGCUUUCACUCGAUUGGUAGUGCCUACCAGCGCCGUGGAUUUGCUGCGGCAUGUCCGGCCCCAUGAUCCACUCUCCCUCCUCUUGGUUGCAGUCAGCCUCCGCCAUCGCGCUAAGUGACACCGCAACGGGAGAGUCGCCGUCCACGUCAAUCGAAGGCAUCUUGUUCAGCUUCUUUAGCGUCUGUUGAGCCUUGGCCUUGCGCUUGGCACAUAAAUGGCUGGAAGGGAGAAACUCUAUAUUCUUGAGGGUAUCCCUGUUGUUCUUCUCCCCUCCGCCCGCCAUCAGAUAGUCCCUAUUGACGUUGAUCAGGGCAAAACCAGCACGAGCAUAGUUCAUCGACGGUCCAGCCGACCACUCCCCGUUCUCUGGAUCAUAGAUCUCCACGCUGUCCGUCUCGUCGAUGGAUCCGCCCCAUCGCCCUCCCGCCACAUAAAUGACCUCAUCCAUCACAGCAGCUGCGACGUGCUCGCGGUGUUUCUUGGGCCCCUCUCUCUCCUCCCAUGUGUCCGUCUUAGGGUCAUAGACCAUCAUGCUCGGACGACGUAGCUCCAGGUUGUCGUCAUUUCCGAAGGUCUCCUCCACACCACCAAUCACAUAGACCAGACCACCAUGCGUCACGGCUGCACCGGCAGCUCUGGGCGACGGCAUCGGUGCAACAGACUGAAUCUCGUUGGUCUUGGAGCUGUACUUCCAAACGUCAGUCUCCGGCUGUCGGUCUCCCCAUUCACCACUGUAGCCUACAAAGGAAUCGGAAGAAAAGGAAAUGCUUCCUGACUGGCGAUGUGGGUCGGUAUCAUUCUGCGGCCCACCUCCUAGGAUGAGCAUGCUGUCCGGCAUCUCGGCUGCCGACUUGUCGGCAUCAGGAAAGGCAGUAACCAUGAGGUGGUGUCUUGUCUCGGGGAGUUUUGCAACGGCUUCAUCGUCGUCCCACUCGCCCUCUGCAGGGUCGUACCGCCGGAUGGUAUGACCCGAGCCCUUGAACCCACCCACAGAAUAGAUUUUGCCAUCCGACAACGCUAUCCCUUGGUGCUCUGCCUGAUGGGGCGAGGGCAUUGCGGGUCCGGUCUUCCACUUGCCCUGCGUGACGCUGCAGGGAACAAACGGCAGGCUGGCAAGUGGGAUGGCUUCCGUCACUCCGUUGAGCGACACGUCUACACUGGAUUCCGCGCCAACAGGGCACAGGUCGACGUGGGAGUGAGAGACUUCCUUUUUCUCGUCGCGAAGGAUGCGAGGGGCAGUCGCCUGCUGCUCCAAGCAGGACGACGAUGCGAGAGAGCCUGAUUGCACAACAGCAACACGAACAAAUGCGGACAAGACAAGUGGCACCAAAACACCGUGUUCAUUGUACCGAGGAGAAGAAAAAGGAAGAACAU